CUUUUUUAGACACCAAUCCUUUUGACACCUUUGUGUCUGAAGCUGAAAACUAUGAACAAAUAUCCUCUAGUUAUCUUAAUGUUGAAAGUAACAUUGCCAAGGAGGUAAAACAAGGAGAAGAAAGGGAUGUUGUGGAGUCAGUUGAUCAAGGAUCCCAACAGCUUACUGUUCUGUCAGUAAAGACGACACCUGUGAGCGAAAAGAAAGAGAGCAAGAAGAAAGUGGGUGAUAAGAGAAAGGUCGAGGAUAAACACGAAAUUUGCGGAGAAAAAAUAGAAAUUGACGUAUCAAGCGACAGUUUUGAUAUUGCUGAUGCAGGUGAUCAAAGAUGUGAAAACGUUAAGAAGGCAAAAAGGGAAAAUAACACCCAUGAUGAAUCUGGCAACGAGAGAAGAGUCACCAGAUCCAUUGCUGGUGCCAAAGAUAAAACCUCGAAACAACAAUCUCGUGUUCAG